AUGUCAGCGACUCUUUGGUGUCAUGGUCCUCCAAAUGACAACCCAUGGUUUAACAUUCUAGUGCCGAAGAAGAAUAUCGAGCGGUCCCCAAUGCCAUGGCGGAGUGUUGUUGGCUUUGUCAACUACUUGGAAGGAUUUGCAUUCUCACACUGCACAACAUGCAAAGCUCAGUUCCAUCUUCGAGUGGAAACUCUGGAAGAUAACUCAUGGCGCAAAAUAAAGUUCCGGCUCUUCGUGGCAAGAGAUGUUAUACUUGGUUUUCUUGCAGUUCAAAUUACUAUUGCUAUCAUUAGUGCAAUUGCAUACUUUCUAGACAGGGACGGAAGUUUCCGGAAUAGUUUCAGUGAUGGUUGGGAUCGUAUCUUGUCAAAGCAUCCAAUACCGUUCUACUACUGCAUAGGGGUUGUGGUUUUCUUUGUGCUGCUUGGAUUUUUCGGGUUGAUAGUGCACUGCUCGUCCUUGAACGACAACCAAGAUCCGUGCUUAGUUGGGUGCCGGAACUGCUGCUAUGGUUGGGGCAUCCUGGACUGUCUCCCUGCUUCUUUGGAGGCCUGCUUUGCCCUGGUGGUGCUCUUCAUCGUCGUGUUCGCUAUCCUUGGGAUUGCAUACGGUUUCCUCGCGGCGACUAUGGCCGUCCAGAGGAUCUGGCAGAGACAUUAUCACAUCCUGACCAAAAGAGAGCUCACAAAGGAAUACGUAGUGGAAGAUCUGCACGGCAGCUACUCGGCCCCGAAGCUUGAGCCAGAGCAUGAGGAGCGGCUGAAAAUACUGAAGCUACUGUAG